AUGUCAACAGAAAGUUCAACUGUGAGCACAACCGCUUACUGCUACACAUUUUUCUACCUCGAUGUUUCUAAUUCAGCAGAGGGAAAUUACACGCCACAAUUCGUCUUUGCCCGAGAGAUGGCGGCCAGACUUUACAACACUUCAAAUAUGCAUUACCAGGCCACAGCGGCGAUUUAUGGAAGUGAUAACGAGGACAAUAUUGAUUUGAACACAAUGUGCGAUGACUUCGGGACCUUCAGCGACUAUUUGAAUGAUUUUGACCUGACGGCACCUAAUAAUGACUCGAUUAUGGAAGCGGUUAAUGAGCUGAAUGGAAAGGACGGCUAUGGAAAAAUGAUCAUCAUAUUAUUCACAGCGAGCCCACCGGCUGAUAUGUCUAGUGCUGCUCCAAAUAAAUGGCAGGACCGAACCGUUGGGAUCGCGAUUGAAGAUGUGGUCUUCAACUUUGCGCUACCAGGAGGGCCAUUGGAUAUUGGAUACGCCACGGACAGCCUUUCAAGCUGGGCUGUGCAAGACGUGGUUGUCGUGUUGUUCACUGGAAGUGAUCCAAGCAAGUUUCCCGCCGCUGCGCAAAACUAUACACGAAAGUCGAUGACGGUUGGUGUUGCAGUUGGUGCGCAGACAAGUGUGUUCGCCGCCAUUUCGGUCAAAGCCAUGCAACCAGCGACGAUCUAUCAAGCCGCCCUCAGCCUAUGCCAACCUAACAAUGGGUUUUCUACUGCGCAACCGAGCCCGACCGUCAACACUGUCAGCACGACCACCACAACUUCCCUGCCAACUUGCAAGGCGCUCUUUGUCGCGGAUUUGAGUGAUUCUGGCAGGGAUUGGUUCAUCGAGAGGAGCCUGAUCCGUGCCUCGGUCGCAGCGCUAUUCGAUGUGCCGUCACAUCACUCAACGGUUGGAGCGUCACAGAUGCUCGCGACUGAAUCGCUUUCGAGUUGGUCGGUGCAUGAUGUGGUCAUUGUGCUUUUCACCGGGAGCGAUCCUAAAAAAUUUCCGGACGCGGGUCGGAACUACCCUCGCAAAUCAAUGACUGUUGGUGUGGCCGUUGGUGCAGACACGAGCGCAUUUGCCAUAAUCCCGAUCCCAUUCCUGCAGCCAUUAACCAUCAUCGAAGCAACCGUAGAUUUAUGCCGAACACAGCAGACUUCCACGCCAGCACCUAUGCCCACAUAUUGUACAACAUUUUUCUACCUUGAUAUGUCGAACGCAGCCGUGGGACAAUAUCAUUCGCAAAUUUCGUUUGCCGAUGCCGUGGCUGCGAAACUUUUUAGUAUCUCAAAACUGAAUUUCGAAGCUGGUGCAGCUAUAUAUGGCAGUGAUAAUGAAGGUGCUCCUGAUUUGCGGACGCUAUUUGAUGACUUCCGAUUAUUUAGCGACGCUCUAAGGGAACUGGAUCUCACGGCGCCCAAUGAUGAAUCGAUCAUAGACCACGAUGAAUUGGCUGUGAAAACGCCAUGCCAUGUCCUUUUUGUGGCUGAUUUGUCGGAUCGAGCGCCGGCAACUCAAACCCAAACGAUCAUCGCCACGAUGAACGAACUAUUCACUGGAGCAGCAGCUAAUGGCAUCAAUGUUUCGAUGGCCUACUGGCGAUAUAGUCGAGGUGGAGAACUGGACGGGCCGAUACCAACUACGUUCGUUUACCGCCUCCAGGACCUGGUGCUCAAUUUUGGGCUGCAGGGCGGCCAGCUGGACAUUGGAUAUGCUACGGAUAUGUUAUCGGAUUGGUCCGUGGAAGAUGCCGUGAUUGUGCUCUUUACUGGGAGUGACCCACACAAAUUUCGGGACGCCGGCUGGAAUUACACGCGCAGGCCCACGACCAUCGGAGUUGCUGACGGUGCCGACACUCGAGCUUUUGCUGUACUUCCGGUCCCAUACCUUCACCCAAUCGCAAUCUACGACGCGACGAUACAACUUUGUCGUACUGCCGUACCAACCCGUGCUCCGCCUACCACCACCACAAUUCUGACGACCACCCCGGUUGAUUAUCGAGCGCGUUGCAGCGUCGCCUUUUGGCUGGACGCUUCUUAUGAAGCCUGGAAGUACGACGGCGGAGCGUUUCUGUUUCAAGCUAGUGUUUGGAUCCUGGGGCAGGGGAUGGGUGCACCAACGCUCAACACACUGGAAACCAACUUCGCCAGCUUCGACCAGACACUCCAGGGCUUGGAUAGGCUACUCAAAGUCACUAAAGCCGAUAAUUCGACGAUUGCCACAACCGUCGGCUUCAUCAAUUCUCAACCCUUCUACCCUCACAUCACCCUGUUCUUCACCAACAGCAACCAAGCCGAGAUUGAUGCAUCGCCAGAAAAUGCAUAUCGAUCAUCGAGUUAUGGCUACGAUUUUACGCCUGUCAAUCUGAUGCGCCUGGCGAAUUCGAUCUCCGACCCGCCAGCAGCUGGGAUGGUGGAUGUUAUCGACAACUAUUGCCGGAAAAUCCAUCAGAAU